UAGUUGGUACGUUCUCUUGCUAGGAAGCCAAAAAUCUUAGUUGUAAAUAAAAAAAAACCAAAAUGAAAAUCGCAGCCCUGUUUGUUGUGCUUGCUCUGACGUUGGCAGCAGAAGCAAACCCGGUGUGGCCAUGGGCGCCCGCACCCUGGUCUGCGCCUUGGCCUGCACCUUGGCAUGCGGCGUGGCCUGUGGGAUGGCCAGUUGGAGUUCCUGCUCCCGCUCCAGUAGUGGCCGUUGAUGCUUCGGCUGAACCUGCCCCAGUUGCCACAUCCGUCACCGCCACACGAGGAGCCGUCCACGUUGCACCGCUGCCCGGCCAUGCCAUCAACCAGCAGCAGUUGAACCUAGCCCUGGCUCCUGGAACUGCCUAGAACUGUCGAUCUCUCACUCUCCGGUACUCUGAUGAAAUGAAAACAAGCUCCCCUCUAUCGAUGUAAUUUCUUUCUACACUAUCAGUGCGCAAGAGUUUUCGAAUAAAUCUUUAUUCCUCUACAUAAAUAAUAAUUGAACUAAUUAGAAACAAGUGAAGAAGCUCCAUUCAUCGUGGGUUCAUCGCCAAAUAUUUUCUCAUCAUACUGGGAGCUACGUAUCGAUUAGUGCUAUAGCCGCGUCCGUCCACGAACACAUUCGGGGUCAUGUGAGAAUCUGGUCGCACCGGAAUGUAAUUGAUCAGUGAGUUCGGAGUCGCUAUGUAGUUCAUAUAGCGAGGUUCGGGAUUAUACAGAUCCCAAGACAACGGACUCUGAUAAUAAUUGUUUGCCUGGUUUGGAUACCAAUCUGUCAGUGGGUAGUGGAGUUGAUCACUGAAAACAUCCGAGUAAUACAGAUCGAAGAUAUUUGGUGUGUGGUAAAAUCCUUCGACUGUUACAACUACUGCGAAGGCGGCCAUCAAAAUUAUCACCUAAAAAUUAAAAUUGCUAAUAGGUAACUGAUAACAAUAAGUAGAAAUUUGAUCAUACUCUCAUCUUCACAAAGAACUAAAACUUUUUUUGACUAGCCAAAUAAUAGCCAACUUAACACCAACGCAACCUGAAGAACUGUGCAACCCCGUGACGGUCAGUAAACACUUUUUAUGUGGACGAUCAUAACGGAAAGUGAAAAUCCGGAUAUCAAGCUUAGGAAAUACGUCUCGCAGUCACUAGAUC